UUCACUUCGUAAAUGUGGAAGUUGGACUUCAAGCCAUUCAUCCCCUCAUCUCAUGCGCUCUUUUAAAAACUCAUAUCUGAUUGUAUGGAAGGACGAUUUGGGCUUCUUCUCAAUCUCUCUCCAAGCUUCAACACAUGCUCCUCUUUAUCAUCAUCAUCAUCAUCAUCAUCAGUUUUUCCCGCUGGGCGCAUAUCUGGCCUUGGGGCGCUACUGCUGGAGAGUUGGGAGUCUGUUCCAGCAGCAGCUGUCGAAGACAGACAUCCUGUCUGUCUUCGACAUCACGACAUCACUUAAAACGAUGUGUUCGCAUACUGUCUGAAGUAUUUCGUAGCAGGAACCAAACAGGAAACAUCACGACAUCAGUCAGGGUUAGGUACCUUGUCAAGGACACCUCGACACUCAGCUAGGAGAAGCCGGGGAUCGAACCAGCAACCUUCAGGUUACCAGCCAACCCGCUCUACCUCCUGAGCUACUGCCGCCCCAAAUCCAAAUGCAAAAGCGGAUUUGUAGUUCAGUUCAUUGCUUCUAUUAUAUGGUCAAAAUUGACAUUGUUAAAAAUCACUGAACAUGUACAGAAUUUAUUCAUGCAAAGUGAACCCAUCAGAGGCGGACUGGUAAGCCCAAUGACGAACUGCGGCGAGCAUCUGUUUCCUGUUUGGUUCCUGCUACGAAAUACUUCAGACAGUAUGCGAACACAUCGUUUUAAGAUUAUACUUAUUACCUUCAUUAAACAUUAGAUUAAUAAUCCAUGAUUACACAUUUUGAAAUAUAACGACACAUAUUACAUUACACAUCCGAAACAUUGAAUCUUUUUUUUAGAGAUAAAUGACGGAUUGUGAGAAACCUGACGCGGAACAAUAUAUGGGACGGACAUGGUGGGCUCAUGUUGUAUACACUGCUUCUUGGUGUGUCAUGUUGUAUACACAAGCUAUGUGCGCCUCAAAUGAUAUUAUGAAUCAUAAAGACUGCGUCUGACGUCUCUGGUACUUCCACAACAAGUUAAGACUUGUAGUGGGGGUUAUCUCUGCCAUGGUUGAGAAGAAUUGGGGGACAGAAACUUCGGCUUUGACUCUCUUUGAUAGCUGGCGGCCGGCAGCAGACGUCUAAACAAAUAAACUGUCUCGAGUAAACAUCUGCAAUUGCUGAUGCAUGUACAUCUAUAAUCCUCUUUAUUAUUUUUUCUGCUGAAUUGUUGUAUUCCACGGCAUGGUUCAAUAUUUGAUUGAUACGCUGAUUGGUCAAUAACGUUUACAAGUAAUUUCACUACAAAUCCAUCGUUAAAGACAACGUCAAAUAAAACUAUCGUCCUAUUGGAUUAAAGAUCACGUGUGUUGGUGGAGAUGAACCGCCUGUCCCGGUCCGCAGAAGGAAUGUAAGGGGCAGUAAUACCUGCGGUACAGGAUACCCAGCAAUACCUGCUCCGUCCAGCAAUAUCUGCUCCGCAGGUAUUGCUGGAUACCUCCCCACAUAGUUGCCACAUAGCCUACUUUGUGGGAGUGUCCCACAAAGGGGAAGGGCAGGUAUUGCUGGCCGCAUACAGCACACUCCGAUCAACACAAAGCCAAACACACCCUGGCCCAAAAGCACUGAUCGGAAUUAACGCUAGCCAACCUUGUCCAUCAUUGGCAGGGAAAAUCUCAUUCAAAGCAGUAUCUAAGGUGGACAAAGAUGACGUGGUCACAAAAUGUCUUUGCAGCUGCUCUCAUACUGGGGACCACCACUUAUGUGUACUUGCUUUACAUUCAACCCUCACCCAUGCACAACUGCUCAUCGGACAAACGUCUAUUUGCAAACUACACCAGUGUAGUGAGAGAAGAGACUCCUAAGAAGCCCCUGGUGUUAAUCUGGGCCAUACCUUAUGAGAUCAAAUUUGAUCCCAAUGAUUGCAAGAAAUAUUAUAAUAUCUCAGGCUGUGAUCUGACAUACGACAGAUCCUUAUACCAGCAGGCGGACGCGGUCAUGUUCUAUCACAAGAGUAUACGCAAUGUGGACCAUAUGCCACAAGGACCACGGCCACAACGACAGAAGUGGAUCUGGUACAACGUGGAGUCGCCAUCAAACACGCAAGAGAUUCCAGGAAUAUAUAAUAAAUUCAACCUGACGUUGAGUUACAGAAGAGAUGCUGGCAUCACUGCGCGGUAUGAAGUUGCGAUAAAGGAUGAACCAGAUGACAACUUUGUUUUGCCCAAGAAGGACAGACUGGUGUGCUGGAUUGUUAGUAACAUGUGGUCUGAUGGUACGCAGGUGAGAAACGCAUACUACAAAGAGCUCGCCAAGCAUAUCAAAGUGGAUGUCUUUGGUCUUGGGUUUUCUGCGGAACUGCCACCGGAAAGUUAUUACCCGACAUUGCAGAGUUGCAAGUUUUACUUGGCUUUUGAGAACUCCGCCCACAAAGACUACAUGACAGAGAAGAUGAACGGACCCUUGUCUUCGGGAACUGUGCCAAUCGUUUUGGGGAUACCUAGAGACAAUUAUGAAGAGUUCGUGCCGAGUGAUUCUUUCAUUCAUGUCAACGACUUUCCCAAUGCCAAGGCGAUGGCCCAACACCUGCUCGAGUUGGACAAGAACGACGAGAAAUACAUGAAGUACUUUGCUUGGAGGCGGUUUUACACUGCCACGCCGCAUCUUCUGACCCUUGCAAACGAGUUCACGCUACCCACCUGCUUUGCCUGUGACCACAUAUCGAGGGACAAUCGAUAUAGCGUUGUUCAUAAUCUGUUUCGGUGGGCCUUUUCAAGCAGAUGACUGCAUCAUGUAGGGCAGAGGUCUUCAACAGGAGGCCCAAAUUAUUGUAUAUUUUCCAAUGUAUACCUAUUUUCCUCCAUAAAACCUUUUUCCAUUCUCUUGAUAGCUCACUCUCAUAAUUUAUUUGGAACAAAAGCACCCCUAGGUUCAAAAAUGAAAUUCUACAAAAACCUAAACAGUUGGGCAGCCUAGCUCUCCCUAAGUUUUUACUUUACUAUUGGGCUGCAAACAUUAGAACCAUAUUGCAUUGGUGUAGCACCAACAGCCAACCUCCAUCAUGGCUGCAGGUUGAGGAAGCCUCAUGUAGUGUCUCUUCUCUGAUGUCGCUGUUGUGCCUCCCCCCGACUUCGUCGCCAACCACGCACUCCAGUAGUGUUGUAGUGAAGAACUGCCUUAAAAUCUGGAAUCAGUUCAGGCGGCACUUUGGGCUACAGAUGAUACCUGUCUCGGCCACAGUACAUUCUAACCCUCUGUUCACUCCGUCAGUUAUUGACAAGGGUUUUUUGAUUUGGAAAGACCUAGGGAUUGUGUCAAUAAAACUGCUUUGCAUUAGUGGCAUAUUUGCUUCCCUCGACCAGCUAACUCAGAUUUUCAAUUUGAGGCCCACUCAUUUCUUUAAAUACUUGCAAGUCAAGAGAUUUUGUUCGUAAUCAUUUUCCAGUCGCAUGGGAGCAUGCCCUGUGGUGGGUCAACUCAUCGUCUACCUGUGCUCGUCAUGGGGUUUUACAGUGCAAAGUGGUUCACAGAGUUCACUGGUCUAAGAGUACGCAUGCUCGUAUCUACCCUGACAUUGAUCCAAACUGUGACAAAUGUCGGCAAGGACCAGCCAAUCUCAGUCACAUGUUCUGGUCUUGCCCCACCCAUGCUCCUUUCUGGACUUGAGUUUUUGACGCCCUCUCAGCCAUCACAUCAUCCAACCCUCACCAUUACUCGCCCUGUUUGGUGUCCUUCCCAUUGGCCUCUCACUGCCGUCCUACUUUGCUGAGCUUGUUGCAUUUCUCGCACUGCUGGCAAGACGUGCAAUUCUGUUGCGUUGGAAAAACCCUUGUCCCCCCACUCACUCUCGGUGGAUGAAGGAUGCCCUUCAUUUAGAACGAUUAGAGAAAAUUAAACACACUCUUCGUUUCUCAGACGGGAAAUUCCAUAACAUCUGGCAACCUUUCCUAGGUCAUAUCAGAUCUCUCCACAUAAAGAUUGACCAUGAUGUCUAGACAACCUUGUUAUACACCCCCCCCCCCCCCCCCAA